AGUGGUGUAGUUCCGGCCGCGGCGGCCUCCGCCGCCAUCUGUCAUCUCGGCUCCGGCACUAACAGCCUGUUGCCCCCGACCCGCCGCCUGUCUACUUCUCGGCUUACUCUGUUUCCCAGCCCUGCCACCUCUGUGCCCUUUUCUUGUCGCUGGUUUCUUCCCCCCAUGGAUCUGGUCGGAGUGGCAUCACCUGAGCCCGGGCCCGCAGCGGCCUGGGGACCCAGCAAGUGUCCAUGGGCUACCCCUCAAAAUACAAUAUCUUGUUCCUUGGCUGAUGUAAUGAGUGAACAGUUGGCUAAAGAAUUGCAAUUAGAAGAAGAAGCUGCUGCUUUUCCUGAAGUUGCUGUUGCUGAAGGACCAUUUAUUACUGGAGAAAACAUUGACACCUCCAGCGACCUAAUGCUGGCUCAGAUGCUACAGAUGGAAUUUGACAGAGAAUAUGAUGCACAGCUUAGGCGUGAAGAAAAAAAAUUCAAUGGAGAUAGCAAAGUUUCCAUUUCCUUUGAAAAUUAUCGAAAAGUGCAUCCUUAUGAAGACAGUGAUAGCUCUGAAGAUGAGGUUGACUGGCAGGAUACUCGUGACGAUCCCUACAUCCCAGCAAAACCAGUUCCUACUCCCAAAAAGGGUUUUAUUGGAAAAGGAAAAGACAUCACCACCAAACAUGAUGAAAUAGUAUGUGGGAGAAAGAAUACAGCAAGAAUGGAAAAUUUUGCACCUGGGUUUCAGGUAGGAGAUGGAAUUGGAAUGGAUUUAAAACUAUCAAACCAUGUUUUCAAUGCUUUAAAACAACAUGCCUAUUCAGAAGAACGUCGAAGUGCCCGCCUCCAUGAGAAAAAGGAGCAUUCUACUGCAGAAAAAGCAGUUGAUCCUAAGACCCGUUUACUUAUGUAUAAAAUGAUCAACUCUGGAAUGUUGGAGACAAUCACUGGCUGUAUUAGUACAGGAAAGGAAUCUGUUGUCUUUCAUGCAUAUGGAGGGAGCAUGGAGGAUGCAAAGGAAGAUAGUGAAGUUAUACCUACAGAAUGUGCCAUCAAAGUGUUUAAGACAACUCUUAAUGAGUUUAAGAAUCGUGACAAAUAUAUUAAAGAUGAUUUCAGGUUUAAAGAUCGCUUCAGCAAAUUAAAUCCGCGUAAGAUCAUCCGCAUGUGGGCAGAAAAAGAAAUGCACAAUCUCACAAGAAUGCAGAGAGCUGGAAUUCCUUGCCCAACAGUUGUAAUGCUCAAGAAACACAUUUUAGUUAUGUCUUUUAUUGGCCAUGAUCAAGUUCCAGCCCCUAAGUUAAAAGAAGUAAAACUCAGUAGUGAAGAAAUGAAAGAAGCCUACUAUCAAACUCUUCAUAUGAUGCAGCAGUUAUAUAAUGAAUGUACGCUUGUGCAUGCUGACCUCAGUGAGUAUAACAUGCUCUGGCAUGCUGGAAAGGUCUGGUUGAUUGAUGUCAGUCAGUCUGUAGAACCAACGCAUCCCCAUGGCCUGGAGCUCUUAUUCCGAGACUGUAGGAAUGUCUCACAGUUUUUUCAGAAAGGAGGAGUGAAGGAAGCCCUUGGUGAAAGAGAACUCUUCAAUGCUGUUUCAGGCUUAAACAUCUCAGCAGAUAAUGAAGCUGAUUUCUUAGCUGAAAUAGAAGCUUUGGAGAAAAUGAAUGAAGAUCAUGUUCAGAAGAAUGGAAGAAAGGCUGCUUCGUUUUUGAAAGAUGACGGAGGUCCACCGGUACUAUACGAUGAAUAACACCAGUUCCCACUGCCUUUAAAUGUUAACACAGUGGAGACUGUCAGCUGCCAAUGGCAAAUGAAGUUAUGGGUGACUUGAAAUACCAAAAAAGGAAACAUGAGGAGUGUACAAUGGUGCUUCUGUGUUUGUUUGGUUUUUUUCCUUGAAACCCAUGUGCCAGAUGUGUGGAAUUUUUAGCUCAGCAUCAAAAGAAUAGAAUGUCACUACCUCUCAUCUUAUAAACAGAAUAAUAUGUCUUUAAUAGCUAAAGAUUAUCUAUCUAAAAUAGACUGAUUUUACAUGAUUUAUGGUAGAAAACGUUUCGAUGAGAAUUUUUAAAACUUAGGUAACAUUUCCAAAUAUGGGAAGAAGGGACAGAGGAAUGGAAGAGAGGGUUUUAUUAUAAAUUAUUUGCUUUUUCCACCUUCCUGUUUUGUGAUGCAUCUUUCCUCAGAUAUUUUGUUAGCCCUUCUCAAUUCUUUUUCCAGACUAAAAUUUCUUCUCUUUUAGUGGGUGUUAUCAAUGGAAAUUUGAUUUCAGAAUGGCUGACAGAAAUACAGCUAAGCAGUGUUGUAUUAGUAUAUCAUGAAAAUGAACUGAAUUCUGCUUUUUUCAGACUUAAAUCCAAGGAAAGGCAUCAUGGGUUUCUGAAAGAGAUAAAUAUGUAAGAACUUCUUAAGUAUCCAAAUUUUUAAAAAAUUUAACUUUCAGAUUUUCUACAUUUAUGUAAAACGGUUAGGAUGUAACUCAUGAUAUAGUUGCUCUACAUUUAUAAUGAAAAUGUAACUUUUCCGGAGGGACAGAAUUUAAGACUUAACCAUGUUUCAUGAAUCUUAAUGAAAUCAAAGAAACAAAGUUCAAAUUACUUUUCACUCAUACUAUGUAUUUAUUGAUUUUUGAGAGAAAUAUGGGAAGCUAAUAAAAAAUAUUAAAUAAGCAAAUGAGGAAAAGUAUAUAAAGCAACUUGACUGCCAUGUUAACCAACUAACUUGAACUGUCUGACCUCAUUUUUAAUAAUUUUUAGUACUGGCUAGACUCCACUUCUAAGAAAAAAGCAAGCACUGCACUUUCCCCACUGUGUUUGUUAGGACCGAAGCUCACUAACUACAAUGUCAUGCCUCUUCCUGUUACCGAAAUCAGAUUGGAACCACUAAAACCAAAACUGCCUGUCUGCUUAAAGGAAGUAAAACCUAAACUUCAUUUAAAUUUGAAAGCUUCUCCUGUAACAUUAUUUUAAAAUGCCAAAUUUGUUCUUUCUAGAAAAAUAAUUAUUUUUGUUUCUGUUGUAAGCUUUUAACUUCAUUUCAGAGAAUUGUGAUUUGGAAUAGAUAUUCAUUACAUUUCUGAAAUGUUUACUACUCUGAAACAAAGAUUAGAUGAUUAGUGAUUAUUGGCUUUACAGAAAUUUCAAAGAACUAUCUAAUUUUUUAACCAUUAACUAUUUAAAAUUUUGUUUGGUUUUCUAACAUACUCUGUUUGACAAAGCAGCAAGCCCUUGCUGUGUGGCAUUCUUGGAGUGUGCUAUGAACAUGCUUUUUAAAUAAUUAAAAAUUCAGAGAUCAUUUUA